CGCUGUAAUCAACGAAGACAACACUAAUAAUAAUAAUUAUAACCAUGCUAAAUUAGCCCAAACUGAUUCAGAACCGUAUAAACUUGAAAUUGUUUGGCGCAAUGUUCUCAUGUUUCUCAUAUUGCACCUUGGUGGCUUAUAUGGCCUCUAUAUUGCCUGCUUUUAUAGUUCAUUUGGUCUACACUUAUACAUUGCCCUGCUGAACGUAUUAUGCGGUCUGGGUAUAUUAGCUGGUGCUCACCGGCUGUGGGCUCACCGAUCAUACAAAGCCGGCGUCCCUUUACGUGUAUUCCUAGCCUUCCUGCAGACGGCGGCCGUUCAGAACGACAUAUACGAGUGGAGUCGCGACCAUCGCCUCCACCACAAGCACUCGGACACCGACGCCGACCCCCACAACGCCAACCGCGGCUUCUUCUUCUCGCACAUUGGAUGGCUUAUGUGUAAAAAGCACCGGCAGGUCAAGCAUAUGGGCAAACAGCUGGACAUGAGUGACCUCUGGAACGACCCCAUCAUCCGAUUUCAGCGAUAUUACUACAUUCCCCUCGCGAUAGUAAUCCGGUUCACUUUAUUCACGUACGUACCCAUGAACUUCUGGGGUGUGUCCAUAUGGGACGGUAUUGCAGUCAAUAUGUUGGCUCUGGUGGUGACCCUAAACCACACGUGGCUCGUCAACUCAGCCGCACAUAUAUUUGGUUACAAACCCUAUGACAUCAACAUUAGGCCCAAUGAGAACCGAUGUGUUGUUUAUCUGGCUUUAGGUGAGGGCUACCAUAACUAUCACCACACUUUCCCAUAUGACUACUCGGCCUCCGAGUACGGGUGGAAAGACGCUUUCAAUCCCGCGACGGCUUUCAUCGAUUUGUGCGCCAAAUAUGGUUUGGCUUACGAUCUGAGAAAACCUUCGGAGGACAUGAUAGACAGCCGUAUGAAAAGGACUGGAAAUGGAGGUCAGAAGUUGACAUCCAUUCACAAUGGACUCAAUUAUUUCUUUGGGGUGAUGUCUGCUAGUUGGACCAUGGUCGUUUACUUGUUGGUCAAACUUUUUUAG